CUAUGAGAAUGCCAUUUGAAACGUUUUCCCUCGUAUGAAAUCCGUUAAUAAAACCAUAGUCCAGAACUUUCUUUGUAAAAGUAAAGGGUCUUUUCUAAUAAGAUUCAAAGAUUCCAUCUUCUUUACUUUCAUCAACUUUUUCUUUUCCCAGUCUUUAUAAAAAUCAAUCAAAAUGUUUUGGGGAUUGAUCAUGGAACCUCAAAAACGUUACAGCCAAGUAAUAAAAAAGGCAUUCCACAUAUCCAUGGCGUGCUUGGAUGUUUCAAAUUCUGAUGACCAACCUGCUCAAAUUCUGUGUGGAUAUGAAGGCAAAAACUAUUUACUUUGUACUUUACAAAAACCAGACAAGCUUCAAUGUAACUUAGAUUUAUAUUUUGAGGAAGGACAUACUGUAUCUUUUGCUUCUAAUGGUAAAAGUCAUAUUCAUCUCACUGGUUAUUUGACAAAAGAUGAAGAAGAGAUUGAAGAUGCAAGUGAUGAGGAAGAUGCCCAAGAGUUUGAGGUUCAAGCUAAGAAACACCUUAGAAGUAAAGAUAAUUCCGUUAAAGAACCUGUCAAAAAGAAAAUUAAAUUAGAAGAAGCUAUUGAUGAAGAGGAAGACUCUGAUGAUUCCGAUUUCAACAUAGAGAAGUACUUUGAAGAAGCUGAGGCAGAAGAAUCUGAAGAUGAGGAAGUUGAGGAUAUGCUGAGUGAUGAAGAGGGAGAUUUGGAGGAUGAAAGUAUGGGUGAAGAAGAAGAUGGGGAGGAAGAAGAUGUGGAUCAAGAGGAAACUGAGGAUGAAGAUGAUGAUGCUGAAAAAGUAGAAGAAAUAAAAGAACAAGUUGUGCAGAAUGGUUUGAGCAAAAAAUCUAAAAAAAAUAAGAAAGAAGAACAACAAACAACUCCAACAAAAAAGAAUAAACAAAAUAAAGAAAAACAGCAUGAGCUGACUCCUGGUCCUAAGAAGCAAGAUAAGGCCAACUCUGUUGAUCAGAAGAGUAAAUCAAAGGAAGAAAAGAAAUCCAAGGAAUCUUCACUUUCAGUUCCUAAAAAGAGAACAUUGGCAAAUGGUAUCAUUGUUGAAGAUUUGAAAGUAGGUCAAGGAGAUUCUGCAGGUGCCGGCAAAUUUAUUCAUGUAUAUUACGAAGGACGUUUAAAGAACAAUAAUAAACUCUUCGAUAAAACACUUUCUGGUCCUGGAUUUGGUUUUCGAUUAGGUAAAGGCGAGGUUAUUAAGGGAUGGGAUAUUGGUGUUGCUGGAAUGAAAGUUGGAGGAAAGAGAAGGAUUAUAUGUCCACCUCAAGCCGGUUAUGGCGCUAAGGGAUCUCCACCAGUAAUACCCCCUAAUUCAACUCUGGUUUUUGAUGUUGAAUUGAGGAAAAUCAAGUGAAACCCUAAACUGAUAAAAAAUAUCUGUGCUAUUUCGAUAUAUUUAAGGAGUACAUUGUUAUUAGGAGAAAAUAAUCAUGAAAUUAUACCAAGUAUGGACUGAUAUUUUUAUACCAUAUGUAACUUAUCAAAUAAUGUUUUUAAAUAUGAGAUUCAACUAUAAGUAAUUAAAUUGAAUAGCAUUUUGA